GCGGGCGGGGCGGGGGCGGUGCCGCCGGUGCCGGAGCCUGGGGCGCGGCGGCGGGUGAGCGACGGGACGGGUCCGCGGUUCCUCUCCCCCCGGGCCGCCGGCGGCUCGGAGCAGCCUCUUUCACGCCCUCGGGGUGGCACAGAUGGAGCCACCGUGCCCGGCUUGAGCACGUCGGCGGGAUCCGGAGCCGCUCCGCCGAGCCCGGGCGGGCGGGCACAGCAUGGUGGACUAUAUUGUGGAAUAUGACUAUGACGCAGUGCACGAUGAUGAGUUGACAAUCAGAGUUGGAGAAAUCAUCAGGAAUGUGAAAAGACUGGAAGAAGAAGGAUGGUUAGAAGGGGAGCUGAAUGGCAAAAGGGGCAUGUUCCCCGACAACUUUGUGAAGGAGGUUAAGAAGGACAUAGAGCCCAAGGAUGAUGCCGUACCACUCAGGAAGGAGAAAUCUGGAAAUGUAGCGAGUCUUGUGCAGCGCAUGAGCACCUAUGGGCUUCCAGCAGGAGGAUUUCAGCCUCAUCCCCCAUCCAAAAGCUUCAAGAAGAGGUCCAAGAAGCGGCAGUGCAAAGUGCUCUUUGAAUACGUCCCGCAGAACGAGGAUGAGCUGGAACUCAAGCUGGGGGAUGUGAUCGACAUCACUGAAGAGGUAGAAGAAGGCUGGUGGAGUGGAACACUAAAUGGGAAGUCAGGGUUGUUUCCUUCAAACUUUGUGAAAGAAUUGGAACUGACGGAGGAUGGGGAAACACAGGACACUCUGGAUGACACAGAGUCUGUUUUCAGUGGUCCUACCUCACCUGUGCCCUCUCCAGGAAACGGGGCUGAACCUGCAUCUGGACCAGCACAGCCAAAGAAAAUCCGAGGUAUUGGCUUCGGAGAUAUCUUUAAAGAAGGCUCAGUGAAACUUAAGACAAGAUCAUCCAGUACUGAAUCAGAAGAUAAAAAGCCAGAUAAGCCAUCACCUAACCAUCCCCCUGGAACAAAGCUAAUUCAUCUUCCCGCUACAACAAAAACUGAAAACUCAUCAGAAGCAGUAAAAUCAGAAACUGAAAGUAAACCAAAAGCAAAGGAAUAUUGCAGGACAAUAUUUUCCUACGAAGGCUCGAAUGAUGAACUCAGCUUUAAAGAAGGUGAAAUCAUUCAAAUAAUCAGUAAGGACACUGGAGAGCCAGGCUGGUGGAAAGGAGAACUCAAUGGUAAAGAAGGAGUCUUCCCAGAUAAUUUUGCUGUUCAAAUUCAAGAGUCUGAUAAAGACUUCCCUAAGCCAAAGAAACCUCCACCUCCUGUUAAAGCUCCAGCUCCAAAGCCUGAAUUGCCAACUGGAGAGAAGAAAUUCCUUUCUUUGAGGCCUGAAGAAAAAGAUGAAAAAGCAGCUUUGGAUCAGAAGCCUUUGAAGCCACAGGCUCCUCAAGUACCACCCAAGAAGCCUAUUCCUCCAAGCAAGACGAACAGCUUACUGAGAGCAGGGAUUCUGCACCCUAAACGUCCAGAGAAACCUGUUUUGCCAUCAUCUACAUCCAGAUCUAACGGGGAGGUUGUUUCUCUUCGACCGAAAUCUGAAUUUGAGCCAGUAGCAAAACCAAAGUUAGACUCUGAACUGUUACCACUUAGACCAAAAUCAGUAGAGGUAGAUUCGCUUGUGCUAAAGAGCUCUAAAGAAUCAGAUCUGUUAAGCUUUGAUGAUGUAAUAGCUACCUCAGAUAAUCUAUCGCACCCUACUGCAAACCGACCCAAGAUGCCUGGUAGGAGGCUGCCUUCACGUUUCAAUAGCAGUAGUCCUGCAAGUCAAAAUGUGAGUCCGGAAAAAAAUUUGAAGGUGCAGAAAGAAGAAGAAAGUGCCAAACCAAAGCAAAUUGAAACAAAAAAGCCAUCUGCAUUCAGUCCACCAAUUCCAUCUUCAUCUCAGAGACCAAGUUCUGUUAUCCUCAACUUUUUUCCUGGAGACAACCAGCUUAAAGGAGAAACAGAUGAUGAAAAGAUUUCUGUGGAAGAGCUCAGGACUCAGAUUAAUGAUUUGAUGAGUUUAGUAGAUGCACUAAAGAAAGAACACAGGAGAGAACUGGAAAAACUAAAGAAGGAUUUGGAAGAAGAGAAGCUGUUGCGAAGUAAUCUGGAGCUUGAAAUAGAAAAAUUGAAGAAAACAGUGAUGUCUGCAUGAGACAACUAUGGACUUAAUGUUUUUAACUCACCAGGAAUUCGAAGCUGAACACAAGGAGAACUGACUCUUAUUUCAUAAUAACGGAUGCUGGUGUUCUGCAGUCUUAAAGAAAAAAAUUAUAAUAAAGAAAAGGAAUAUAGUCUUUUAUUCAGAGAGAUAAAACAAAAAAGAAUAAUGGUGUAAUUUUUUUGCCAAUAUAAAAGAGGCCUUAUUUCUUACUGUGCUGGAAUUGCAGACCUUAUUUUUUGGUUUGCUUGAAAAUACUACUGAAUCUGUAUAGAAAGAUGAGGGAAUUCUUAAUAGAUUUUUAUGGAAAACCUGUAGCUUAAUUUUUAAAGAGAUCUAUACUAUAAAUAGGGUGAUCUAUCUUUACAACUAAUCUGUAAAAUAGUCUAUUGGGGGGAUGGAGUUACCGGUAUUGUAAUUGUAGGCACUACUUUUCCUCUACACGCAAAAGGGAAUAUAUGAUAUUUGUCUAAUUUUGGCCGUCUUACCCAGGGUUAUGCUGUUGUGCCUGUCUGCAGUGAGAAUGUUAAUAAUAAGCUGUUUAUAAGUUGAGUCAUGAGAUAGGAAUUUGUUAAUGCAAUGAAGCAAGUGAAACUCCUGUGCAUUGUAUCAAGAAGGAAUGACCUAGUCUGAGUAGCAGAACGUUUUGUCACUUGCACUAUUGGAUUAAAAAGGGAUUUAGGACAGAAUCAUGAAAUGAUGAUGAAAUUAACUUUUAAAACUACAAAAUGCAAGAAAUACAGAAACAAGGCUAGAAUCCAGUCUUAAUCUGUUGUGCCUAAAAUAUUACAGCAUACAGCAUGAAAAAAUAAACCUUAAAUCACACUGUCUGUGCUUCUGUGUAUCUAAACUGAAGUCAUCGGUCUUUCGGGUGGUUAAAAAUGCAUCUUGAUGUGUUUUUACAGUAGUCAGGUUUUGUUUAUAAUAUGUCUCCAAAUAAAUACCUUUGGAACUUUGAUACUCUCAAAAGGUCUCAAUAUUUAUCUGUUUAUGCCAUAAACUUUCUCAGUAUAUUGUGUACCUCUAAAUUUAAUAACACCUGUGUGAUUGGAACAAUUGCUUUGACAGCAUUGCGCUGUGGUCCCAAGACGGCAUCACAUUUUAUGGAAAACAGUCGAAAUCUUGUGGUUUGCCGUUAUCUUUAACCCCUAAGCUCAACACAUUGCACCAAAAUGAUAUACCAAUAAUGUGCAGAGUAAUGGGAGAUACAAUUAUAUUUAUCGCUAUAUUCAUUUGAUUAAAGAACUAAAAACCACAACUUCAGAAAGCCAGUCAAAUGCGUUACUUCUGUUAGUAACCGCCUUAUCUCCUUUUGGUCUACUAGAAUUGAAAUUGCAAAUACAUAUCACGUAGUUCAUCAGCUUCACCAGUAAGAGAAGUAAUUAAGUUUCCAUUCAUGGGAACAGUCAUAUAUAUAUAUAGAAAUCAUUUGAUGUGUCACUCGAGCAAGUGACGUGGCAGUGUUACUUCUUGAGAAUAUACUACUUUUUUCACAGUUGAUGCAUCAUAAAAUACAAACAUCAGAAAGUCAAUUGGAGGAUGUUCGCAGUUACCGACUUAAAUUGUUCAUAAAACUUGAUCGAUAUACUAUGCAGGUAUUAGGUAAUAUUUGCUAGUCACAUUGCUAAUAAGAUGAUUCUGAAUGACUAGAUGCAUCAUGAAUGAAGACUUGAGCCAGAUCUUUAUCCUGAGGAAUAACGUGCGGCAGUAACAGUUCUCGACAGACACUAAACUCUUAGAAUUUGUAGCUCUAGGUCAGAUGACAAAAAGCGCAAGUUGAGCCUGAUGGAAUAGCCAGUUUUGUUACACAGGCUCGUCACUGUGGUUAGAGCAUGAAACAAUUCUCAGAAUGGAUCUACAGAAAUUGUGUCCGUGCGUCAGGUUGUAGCAGACAAACAGAACGAGACAAUCAGUUAAAGCCACAAAUAAAAAGUGUUUGUUAUAUAAUGUCCUUUGUUUUGCUAUAGCAAUAAAUUAUCCAAGUGCAAUGACUUGAUUUUAUAAAACCCUCCUUUAAAAGUUGCUGCUAUGAGUGUUUUAGCCAUAAGGAAGUUGCCCUGAUGUCUGUCUUGUCUUCAGUGAGUAUUAUGGGCUGGAGCGGAGGGAGGAGGGUGAUAGUUUUGAAGACAUUCCACAGUUCAAGUUCCUAAAAGCAGUAUGCUACACUGACUUGUUUACCGGUGCUGUAAAAUGACGCAUGCUAUCCAAAAUCUGCAAAUAAAAUAAGUUUAAAAACCCAUUGAAA